AUGGCCCUCGACUCACCAGAUGCAACCAUCUGUCCCCCGUACAAGCGAGUCCGCAAGUACUCCCCGGCUGGACCAGGGGGAGCUGAUGUGGUACCGGCAUCCGAAGCAGCCUCGCCGGAUGGUUGCAGACCUUUGAAAGACAGCCUGACGGCCUCGCGGUCGUCCCUGCUCAGCAACGAGAAGCCCGAGUACAUGGAAUCGUCGACACUCGCGACGGCGAAAGCGGUCAUGCAGCAGAACGAGCAGCUGGACUCAUCGAUCCGGUCGCUCGGCGGGCUCAACGUCGAGCCGUCGACGACAUUUCUCGAAGUCAUGGUUGACCGUGAGGUGUCUGGCCAGGUGGCCAGCAGCAUCACAUGUACUGACAACGACGAUGAGGUGCUGUUCAAGCUGCGCGGCGAUCGCAAUGCCGAAGACGUGCCUAACACGAUGCACAAGCGGCGGAGACCGACGACGCGGACCCGUGGCUUUCAGCGCGGGAUUCGCGGAAUGGUCAUCGGGCUUGUCGACGCGUCUUCCAAGUCGAACACAGCUUUCCAGGCCGCAUUCCGGUUCUUUCCGGCUUUGGCCAUUGUCAUCGAGUUCAUCCAGCUGGUGGGGCUUGCGGUACUGGUGAGCAGACUACGGUUGCCAUCUCCGGCAUCGACGUCGCUCGCGCUCUUGUCACUCAACAUGUUCGUUGACCACCAGCAAGAGAUCUCGUACUCGCUCCUCAUCGUCUACGGGGCGCUCAACGGGUGUGUGCUACUCGGAUCCGGUGUCAUGUUUGGCUACAUGUACACCGGGGCGCCUGCGCCUCCUGCGACACUGGUCUCGUCGGUCUCGAACCUCUGCAGAGUCAUGUCGACCAUUCUGUACGUGCCGUCGAUCCAUGCGCUUCUUAACCCGCUCCUCUGCCAAGCCAUGACGCACGACAAGUGCCUUGAAGAUGUCGGCCCACUUCACGCGCUUGGCGCCUUUGCCGCGCUUGUUGUCCAUUUGCUCUUUGCCACGCUCAUGGUGGCAAACACGUACUCGGCCGAUCCCGAGUCGCGCGACUAUGCGCGGCGGGCGCAUACGUGGCUUGAUUUAGUGGCACUUGUGGUCAAGACGAUGAUUGUUUUUGACGCAGUAUCAUCUUCGCCUCUUGGAAAGCAGGCCUCGCUUUACUUUAUGCUUACGAGCGUGGCAUUCCUUGCCGUCAUGGCGAUUGCGCUCCAACCGUAUCACUGGAUGGCGAUGAACCGGGUGCGGGUCGGCUUCUUUAGCGCAGUUUCGUUUUUCUUGGCCUCUUUGGUGAUGUACUCGUCAUAUGCAGCACCAGAAGAGGCGGGCACGGUGGCGUCGGCAGUGAUUCUGCUCGCGCUCCCGGUCGGAUUUGGACUCGGCUUUGUAGGCAUGCGACCGUCGUUCAAAUCGAUGCUUGUCUCGUACCACGUAUCAUGGAUGCUGAGCCCACUCGAGCUCGGCUACGUUGCCGCCGACGUUUACCGGUAUCAUUUGGAGCGGUUGAUCGCGUCGCCGCAGCGGAUGGGGCUCUACGGCACGUAUCUGGUCGAGACACUCAAAGAGUACGACGAGGCGGAUGAGCUGUUUGAAGCGGCGCUAGCAACAGGUGUGCCUGGUUCGCACGUCAUCGACACCUCGGUUUGGCACGCACGGCUAGGAGCCGAGUCCACGGUUGCCACCGCACACAUGGAGCUUGCACUGCGCUCGGCGGCGGAGCGGCGAUUGGUGGUCAUGACAAUAUGUACAUCGACCAAACUCGCCAGCGAGCACGCAACACGGAUGACGUUUCUGCACCUGCGGCGGCUGCUGCGCGAGCACGCCGAUGUGGCCGUACUGUCGGCACGGGUUCAUGCGGCCGAGAUGGAGUCGCAUCUGCUUCUCCACCCCAACUUUCCACUCACCAUCCAACAGCUCCUUCGCUCGUGGCUGGGCGGCGAGCGGCUUUCGCAGCUCGGGCACGACUCGCAGUACGUUGUUGCCAAGCUCCACCAGUUUGCACGCGAUCACCGCAGCAUGCCCGACGCAUCGGUCGAGCUGCUUGCCGACGUCAUCCGCGGCCCAACGUCGAUCUCGCGGCACUCGCCGCUUGGCGCGGCGUUGACGCGGCCGACCGAGUGGCGCCAGCUCGGCGAAGAACGUGUGGCAGAGGCAGCGGCGACGUCACCGGCAAUUAUGACGCCUCUUGCAACCGAGGUUGCAGGCAUGGUCGACAUUUGGGAGGACGACCGCACACCAGGCGGAGGCAGUACGUUUAGCUCGACGCUGCGCCGUCGGUCCGGAACGUGGCAGACGUCGCGCGAGCGGCUAGGGACUGUCCCCGAGAGUGAGGUGCCAUCGCCAUCGCCAUCGUCAGGCGCCUCAUCGAGCUCUUCUCGUUUGUGGCGGUCGGGAAGCACGGAUGGGGACGACAGCCUCUCGUCAGUUCUCUCGAAAGCGCUGUGCGACUUUCUGCAGGCGAUGACUUGGGCCGGGCGGUCGGUGUCUGUGGCAGUGCUCAUGGUCGAGCACUACAACGAGGUCGAUCCUGCGAGCCAUGUUGUACUUCGCAAACUGGUCAAGCUUGCUGCAGCAUUGCCUGUGAUUGUGGUGACCGAAGCUGAGUCGGGCGUUGGAGGGUGUGUGCUAGACGACCUGGCCCAAUCGUGGAGCUUGGUGAUCGGAUCGCGGGCGACGCCGGUGUCCACGCUCUGCCGCAAGUACGAGUUUUCGAACUCGCUGCCGCAGGUCGCGCAGGUGGAGAACAUUGAGGUGAUACGGCUGAAGGUCAACGAUGCGUCGACGACUGCGGCGUUUGCCGGCAUUCCGUUCCAGGUCUCGCUCGGGAGCUCGGCGGUCCCGGUCUGCACCAUCUGCUGUACCGGAAUGUUGGUCCGACCGAGUGAGUGGCAGAUUAUGGGCGCCGAGCCCAGCGUGUGGCACGAGUCGGACGGCGGACACUCUGUGGCGUCGUCGACACGACUGCUGGAAGACAUGGGCUACACCCACGACGCCCAGGUCGCGCAUAGCCGCAGCACAGGCAUCCGCUCGAUGCUUAGUAGCGACUCGGGAGAGAGUGAUGACGGUGACAACUCGUUUGGCACGCUCGAUAUCAUCGCCGAGGCUCCGCCCAGACCCGACGGUGUCGCCACUGUUGACACAGAUGUGGCCGAGAGUCCCGGGGAGCCGACAUCGACGAAACGGUUGCAGAUGUCCCUGUCGCAGAAGCGACGCAGGCUGUCGUGGAAAGACCAGGCAGCCUCGCGCAGACACGGACGUCGAGCAUCACGGCGGAUUGCACCUGAACUGUCAACGAUCAGGUCGGAGGCGUCGCUUGGCUUUGACAGUAGCAUGGUUUCGUCGGUUUCGCUCGUCAGCCAGAUAGCCCCCGGCACCGAGUCGGUCCAGCAGCUGCUCCGGCAUCGAUCUCUGCAUCACAUCCCGGGAGACUAUUGUGUUUCGACACUACGCCAGGUGGUUGUGUCUGUCGUCGAGUGCAAGGUCGACGAUCUUGGCCAUGGCCACAAAAUCGAUGCCGUGAUGUGCCUGCUCGAGCUGGCGGCCGUUGUUGGUCGCAGCCAGUACGUGACAGUGCUCGAGCUCGCGUACGAGCGAAUGCAGGCGGAGCCGGUCAUGCUCGCGGAUGCAGCAGCAUGUGCACGGGUGUAUGCUAUUGAGUCCGUCUGCUUCGGCGAUGCGUUUGGCCUCGCGAUCGAGGUUGGCAUUGUGGUGGUGGCUGGUGUGGACGCAAGUGCGCGUUUCUCGUUUUGCCAUGCGUCGGAACACAACGCUCUGCUUGCGACGCUGGUGCCUGACGCCUACCAGCAUUUUGCGUAUCAGGUUGGGCACGCGCUGGACGAAUCGACCCAUGUCCUGCACAGCCAUCCGCUGGCGUAUAUGCCGUACGCGGUGCGGGCAUGGGACGUACAGCUCCUUAUCAAGGCGCACUUUGAGCUCAUCAGGCACGAAGGAACUCGGACGCUCGACGCCACGCGCGAGCUACUCUUUCUCAUCAACCGCAACGACACCGCGGCCGGCGACACGCCACUUCCAGCUGAAAUGGCACAGCGGCGUGAGUGGCUCCUGGCCUCGGACGCGGCUACGCACGAGAUCGAGCGUGGGGCCGGCAGCGCCGAGGUGCCCCGAAUCCUCACGCCGCAUCUUGAUCACAAGCUGGCGAGCAUGCCCGCCAAGUACUCCCCGUCGGUGAGCUCGUUCCCUGAACGGUACUUUCUCGAGUCGGUGGACGUUCACGUGAGCUUUGAGGACCGACGUGAAGCACUGAGGGCUUACAUGACUGAGCUCCUCCGUGACCCGUCUGACACGCUCUUUGACGCCUCGCACGAGUCGGAGCAGGUCGACGACAUGCUUGUUAUCCUGGAGCAGUACAUAACUGAUCCGGAGUCGCAAAUUGCCGUCGAUGCGCUGCGGGCAAAGGUCGAGCUGGUGCGCGGCGAUAUACGGGCGGCGCGCGACGCGGUCGUCAGCGGCGCACGGCACGCGCGGAAGCACAAGCUUGCGCGCUCAGCCACGCCAGCCAUCCAGGAGCUGCUCGACGUGGGCGGAUGGAUCCUCUGGUCGAUUGCUGACUACGCGCAUGCACGGACCUGGCACAAGCGUGCGUUCCAGGUUGCGCACAUGCUGCAAAACCCUGUCCAAGAGUCGUAUGCACUGGCUGGCCUCGGGUUUGCUGAGCGAGACCUCGGGCGAAUGCGCGUGGCAGGCUCGCGGCUGCAGCAGGCGCGUCGGCUAGCACAGUGGCUUGGCAACGCACCAUGGACCGCACACAUUGAGAACGCGCUUAUGGGCGUGCAUCUCGGGCGCGGUGAGACUGAGAUGGCUGCAGAACUCUGUCACGAGGUCUUUGCGCACUGUCGCAUCCCGUCAGCAGUGGACAAGGCGCUGGUGACGCUCAUGGAGAUUGCAGUGCUGCGCCACGACGACAAGGCUUUUGACAUCGCUUUCGCCACCGUUCUUUCCGAGACCAAGUCGCGCGCGACAAUAGCAGACGCACUGAUGCUCGUGGCGGUGUUUGAGAUGCAGCGGGUGCUGCUGAUGCGGGGCCCGGCAAUGGAGGCGACGACCUCUACGCCGGCGCUGUACGGGUAUGGCUCGCUCGAGCUUGCUGUUGUUCGGUCGCGAGCGAUCUCGAGCCGCAUCCAGGCGGUGGCGACCACGAGCAAUCCACAUGCUGGUGUCCGGGCGUGUAGUCAAGUCAGGCAGGCUGCGCUGAUUGCAGCGACGCUUGUGGCGGCAGAUGUGCUUGCGCGCGGACAAGAGCUGGCCGACGGAGUGACCGAGACGACACCUUCACCCGGAGUUGGCGGCUUGAUCCACGGCUUUGCAGCGUUGCAGGUCCACCGCCUCGCCGAUGUCGGCCGGCAAGACGUUGACGAUACGAGGGACAGCAACACUUUGAUGCAGGGCCGGUGGGACGUGCUCGCAUACUUGCACAUCAUUCCCCGACUUCGCACAGACCUUGUGCGCACACGGCGGUGGUGGUUCCGAAAGUACCAGGGCGUGUUUGUGGCAAGCGAGCUCGUGAGCUGGUUUGUCGACAGCGGGUUUGCAGCGUCGCGCUCGACUGCUGUCAUCCACGCCAAGCACAUGUUUGCGUUUGGACUCAUCUCGCAUGUCUAUCGCGCGCACCAGUUCCAGGAUGAAUGGAAGUUCUUCCGCUUUCACGUGUAA